AUGACGACACACAUCGCCAUGGCAAUUUGGUGGCUGAGGCUACGACGCCUGCACUGUCGAGGUCAACUUCACCUGGGCUCUGUGCGAACUGCUCUAUUCAACAACCUUGUAGCCCUCGCAUCCUCAGAGGGAGCCUUUAUCCUCCGCGUCGAGGACACCGAUCAGCGCCGAUUGAACAAGGAUGCAGAAAAGCAGAUGAUUCAGGACCUGAGGUGGCUGGGUCUUGUCUGGACAGAAGGCCCUGACGUUGGGGGGCCUCACGGCCCAUACCGACAGUCGGAGCGUCUCGGCAUUUACAAGAAGCAUGUCGACGAACUCAUCGCCAACGGCCAUGCCUACCGCUGCUUCUGUUCAUCCGAGGAUCUGGAACGACAGAAACGCGAAGCCCACGAGACCGGCAUGGCAACGGUCUAUCCAGGAACAUGCCGCUCACUCACACCUCGUGAGUCCGAUCAGCGCGCCGCAGCCCAAGAGCCACAUGUUGUCCGCUUCAAGGGCGACGCAUUCGGAAUCCUCGGCUUCAAGGACGCUGUCUACGGGUCGUUCCAGAAGAAGGAAAAGGAGGAAGAUUUCGUCAUCUUCAAAACAGACGGCUAUCCAACGUAUCACCUCGCCAACGUGGUGGAUGACCAUCUCAUGAGUAUCACGCAUGUCAUCCGAGGCGAGGAAUGGCUGAUCUCUACGCCUAAACACCUCGCGCUCUAUAAGGCCUUUGGCUGGAAACCACCGACAUUUGCACACCUGGGCCUGUUGAUCAACGAUGACGGGAGCAAGCUCAGCAAGAGGAACGCCAGUGCGAGCAUAACCUCGUACAAGGACAAUUUUUUCGCGCCCAUGGCCUUCCAGACGUGGCUCGCGUCACUAGGUUCGUCCCGAAAGUCACAAGGCGGCCCUAUCCCACGGACCAUUGCUGCUUUGGCAUCCGACCUCUCCUAUAAAUUCACAAAGGGCGGGAUUAAGAUCAACCAGGAGCGCCUGAUCAACUUUGACUCUAGUUAUUUCUACAGCAUCCUUCCCAACCCGACACCCGAGGAGCAGCAAAUUUUUCUUCAGAAUAUUCAGAUCCCCAUUCUCAAAGCUGUACAGUCACUCGACAGCAACUCCCUUCCCUCAUUUGCGGAGCGCGCUGGUCGCGCUUGGGACGGCCCCAAAGAGCGAACCCAUUUCCUGGCGCAAGACGACGCCAAGGUCAUCAGCCACCUCCUCCGAACUCUCCAUUCCCGACUGAAGAACAGGGGAGAUGCGCAGAGGUUGGUGCUCGACCACCCUCACUACUUCUGGCGACCGCCCGUGGCCCUGCUCACAGAGAGUCUGGCCGCUCACCCAGUACCUGAGGCGCUUCUCAGCGCCAUUGAGAAAGUCUGCCAACAACCAGAGUUUUGGGUUGACCCUUUGACGCCAAAGGCAGCGACACCCAGCAGCACCGUCAGCAAGGCUGUUGCCGAGAUUAUGGAUGGGGAUGGUGCCAAAUUCACCGCUUACAAGGAGCAGAGGACGCUGGCGACGGGCAAUCCAGACAGAGCAAGCCAUUCAUCCGAGGAGCUGUUCCAGGCGUUGGGGAGGCAUGAGUGGUUGCAUCGUGUCAAGUCUGUGCGGGACACUAUGGGCGGGAUGUAG